AAGUUUACUUUCAUUAUAUUUUCUACAAAAUCAUUGUGAAAACUAUACUGUGUUCUUCUUGCGCCUGAACUGUUGCAUCGUUCAUGGACUUCUACAUUAAGUUUUCAAAACCGAGAUCAGUGAAAGUGACAAACUUGGAAGAGAUGUCUUCUGAAGAAACUAUGAGUGUUGGGGGAAGUGAGGAGGUGAGGGCAUUAGAAUAUGGGGACGUGAGUAUGACCAGUGAGUUGUCUGACUCGGAGAGGACGGAGGAGGGGGUGGGAAGAGAUGCAGAUAUCGUAGGUGAGGUGAAACAGUAUGAGUCUGAACUCGGGACCAGGGAUAGCUUGGGUUAUUUGGUGGAGAGUUAUGAGAUUUCUUCUCGAGUUUUGAUUAGGCCUGCUGGGGUAGAGGAGAGGGUCUGUUUUGCUCCUCGGGAUCAUUGGAUGCCCGUGUAUGCCCACUAUUUGGCAGUCAGGCUUAUGUCUCCAAUUCCUGAGUUGUUAGUGGGUCUUCUGUUAGAUUAUAGUAUAGGGUUGACACAAUUAGUCCCCAACGCUAUGAGGGGGGGUAGUAGGAAGGAUAAGGGGUGGUAUUAUUUCACCCCUAGGGUGGCAAAUAGAGAGAGUAGGAGUUUAUUUACUGCGGGUCCUUCAUCCAUUAAAGGAUGGAAGGAAAAAUUUUUCUUUGUAAAUGAUACUGAGUGGGAGAGGGGGGAUGCCGAAGUAGAGUUGUUGUCAUCUUGGAAGGCUAAGAGAGCUAACCAAAAUAAGUUUAGUUUAAACGAGGAUGAGGAGGAAGAGGUGGGGAAGUUGGUGAGGGAGGGGGGUAAGUUAGCGAAUAUAAUGUACUUCACCAACGCAAAAUGCAUAGAGGCUGCUGAGCUCUAUGGGCCAAGCGCUUUAAGUGAAGCUGAAAUGGAUAAGUUCUUAAACGUUGCUGGAGGAGUGGCCAUUCCCAAGAAGCAAAGGAAGAAGUCAAAUACUUCAACCAAGGAAGUGGGGGAGGGUGGAGCUGGGAAGGAGGUAGUGCCCAGCACUUCAGCUGGAGUGGAGGAGGUGGUGCCAAGGCUGGAGCUGAAGAGGAAAGGUAGUGAGGAGGUGGGAGCAUUGCAAAGAAAAAAGAGGGUGGUGGAGGAAGAAGUGAGGGGGAGCGAGGUUCUACAGUUCGUACCUCGGCCUCCUCCUAUUGAGCUCGAUCCUGAGCUUAGGGAGUCUGAAGCAGAGGGGGCUGAGGUACGAGCUCCUGGUAAGGGCAAGGGCCUCGUUCCCCCUUUGUCUUUCCAGAGUAGUCUGUUCAAGGCGAAGAACAUGACGGGGUUAAGGAGGUUUAUUAAUGCCACCUUCCCCGAAGUGAACAAGCGUCACGCACGGGACAAAGCUCUGAGGUAUUUGUGGGGCAUCGGUGGUAAAGCACAUUUUGGAGAGUGCGAGCUGGGUGAAUGGUCUAGCCCAGGAAUUUAUGGAGAGAGUAAAGGAGCGCUCCCUCUUGCAAAGGCAGAGAAGGAAGUAAAGAUGAUGAAGGAGGCUGUGAUGGAGCUGAAGAAGAAUGUGCAGCUGUUGGUGCACAACGGGAUGGAGGAACACAUCAGCAACUUCGUCAGCUCCAGCUCGUUUGACGACAUCGUCAACUUCUACCGACUGCCAACUGCUAUUCUCGUCUUCACGGACUGCAGAAAAAAGGUGAAAGCUGAAUAUCCUGAAGUGGAUAUUACGAAGAUCACCUUUGGCGAGCAAGAGAACGGAGUGGAGGAGAAGUUCGUGGCAGUGGAGGAAGAAAAGGCAGAGGUAGAGGAUACUGAAGUGGGGGCAGGAGUGGAAGGAGCUGAAGUGGAUGAGAGUCAACCACCUCUGCAAGUGGAGAUUCAUCCAGUUCCUUCUGACGAUGAGCAGCCACCUCUUUCAGCCGAGCAGCAGCCAACACAGCCACCUCCUCCAGCAGAGGAAUAAAGAAUUUUUGGUUUUUGAUUUUUCUUUGAUAUUUUUGUUGUAAUAACAUUAGAACAAUUUGUUAUAAUACUUUUGUUAUUUGAUUUGAAUGACAAUUUUGUUUUUUGAGAUCAUGUGUGAUGUCUGCUUUACGUUUUGGUUGUUUUAUAUUAAUAUAAGAACUGAGAUUAC